AGAUGAGCACUUCCUGUGACAGCUCCCUGCAGACCUCUGCAGAAGCUUGUAGAGCACAGCCUAGCACACAAGUCCAGUACACCAGGCGAACCAGGCGCGAUGGAUAGUCGGAUGCAGCUGACAAAGGCUCUCUUGGCCCUCCCGGUCAGGACCGCCUGGCGCAGCUGGAGGAACCCGAUUCCUUUUCCCGAGAUGUUUGACGGGAAUACCGACAAACUCCCCGAGUUCAUCGUGCAGACCGGCUCCUACAUGUUCGUGGACGACAAGACGUUCUCCAGCGACGCCCUGAAGGUGACGUUCCUCAUCACCCGCCUCACGGGCCCGGCUCUGCAGUGGGUGAUGCCCUACAUCGAAAAGGACAGCCCCCUCCUCAGCGACUACCGGGGCUUCCUGGCCGAGAUGAAGCGGGUCUUCGGAUGGGAGGAGGACGAGGACUUCUAGGCUGAAUAGCGCUCCAGGCUUCCUGAGCCUCGCUCUGGAGCCCGCCGCCUCCGCCCUCUGCUGCCAACCGGCCCCUCCCACGCCCUCUGGACGCUGUCCUCUGCUCCAGCCUCAGGAUGGUCAUCUGUUAUGAAGAACUGGACAGCCCACCCACACCCGACAUAGCCCUGACUGCACCCCUCUGCCCACACCCUAUGCUGCCCUGCCAUCACCCUCCACCGCACCCACCCACGCACAGCUGCCCUUGCCAUCUGGACUCAGCUCUGAGGUGCCUGAGCUGACCACAGCCCGUGGACACAGAUUCAGAGGGCUGGUCGUCCCUCUGCAGGGCCACACCAGCCUCACUUCAGCAGGUCCCAUUCCCUCCCCUCUCUGAGACCUCUUUGUGUUCCUGGCAGCCAGAUUCAGUCAUUCCUUUUCUCCUGAGGGCCAGUUAGUUUCCCCAGUGUGCUGUUCUCUUCUGAACUUGCAGCUCUCUCUGAGGUGUGUGCCUUUGUUUCAACACACUAACCCCUGUGAUCUUUCCAGCUCUUCUACACUACCUGUACAAAAGUCUUUUCCUUGCUUUCAAUAAAUGUCAGACACUAUUUAAAAAGAAAAAAAA